AUAUUAAAUAAUGUUAAAAAUUGUGUCUUCAAAUGUCUUUCAGAAGACACAUCUAGUGCUGCUACUCCUUAUUUGUGUAAAACGCAAUUAUUGAGACAAAUAUAUUUAAAAUCAGAAAGGUCUGUUUUUAAUAAUAAUAAUAUCAAUAAACAUAACGAAAAUAUUACAUCGUUGAUGACAGAAGAUAAAAUUGUUAGAAUUGAUUUUGAAAGAAAGAAAAUCACAUCAACGAUCGUAACCAAUUAUUCCGUCAAGCAACGUAAUAAAAAUGAUGAUAUUAAAGCUGCGAGCUGUCACAUAAGAAAAAAAAAUAGCAGUCGAUGUCGAAUGAAUAUUGCUUCUACAAAACUACACGCUGAAGAAAAUUUGUGUAAAUGUAAAAUUGCUGAAACGUGCAAUAACGUUGACGAAAGACAAACAAUUUUUACUAAUUUUGCAAUAACAAAUGAUUCCACUGAAUCUAAAACAAACAGUUCUCGCAAUUGUAAUAACGAUUUCGCAGAUGUUGUCUCUCCUCUUUCUGAAUGGUCCAAUUGGACGUAUUAUACAAACACUAAGGAACGUCGUUCUGCGAGAAACAUGUGUGACACAUCUAAAAAUAAUACACGACAGAUUUUUAAGUGUGCUGAACAAUUUGAUUUUCUGCCACGAAAAUUGCACGGUCUUUUACAGUAUCGUCAUGCUAAAUUAACGGACGUAAAAUGCUUUAACAGCCCUAACGAUGCACUUUCGUUUACAGAAAAUUGGAGACACGAACAUUCGUUGGGGACGGUGCAUCCUUGCAAUUUGAGACAAAAGUUAUGUGAAUUCAGAUUGUCACGUGCCGCACUGGAGUGCAUAAACACCAUUAAUCAAGUUAAUAACGAGUUUAUUGCCGCGUGGCUGAAGUACAAUGAAAUGAAAAUUUUAUUAAUGAUAGAUCAACAUGCUGUUCAUGAGAGAAUACGUUACGAAAAUUUACUUCUCAGAUACAAGAUGCAGAACGAGGACGAAUUGCUUUCAGUUAACUUGCGCGAUCCUCUAGCUGUAGAAUUUCCUAAACACAUGCGCAAUUUACUCUUGCGCGAUAAAAUGUUGCUGAAGAAAUACGGAAUAAGCUUAGGAUCGUUGAAGAAGAAUACACUCUUGAUACGCACAGUGCCACAAUGCUUGGUUACGAAUAAUGAUUAUUCCAACAGUGAGAAAAUACUGCCGAAAAUUCACAGUUUAUUACUUGACAUACUGAAGAAUCGUGAUACAACACAUCGUUCAAACAUAUUACCGUUAACUAUCCAUAACGCUAUAGCAUCGGAGGCUUGUCACGGUACUCGCCAACAUGUUUUAUUAUUAUUUAUUAUAAGCGAAGGUUUACCAGAGUAUAUAAUUGUUAGUAAAAUUAUUACAUCUAAAAUUAAUGUCAAUUAUCACUAUAUUUUCAAGUGCCACGGAUUUAUUUCUAAUUACUUUAUAAUUUACUUUUUUAUUCUUUCGCAUAGGUGCCAUCAAAUUUGGUGAUAAGUUAACCGUGGAACAGUGUGGAUAUCUGAUGCAAUUGCUGAAGUAUACAAAGUCGCCUAAUCGAUGCGCACACGGACGACCAACUAUCAUACCUGUGGUGGAACUAUCGGAAUUAGAAAACAGAAACGCCAGAAUACCUGAGGUAGUAUGACAGCUAUAUUUCCUAAUCUUUUAUUGCAAAUAUAAAUUUAUACUCGGAGAGAUCACGGCUUCUUUUCUCAUAAUUUUAUUUUGCACAUAUUUGAAUAUAUCUAUGUACAAAUGAGUGAAACGCAGCUUAUUAUUAUGCUGUAUA